GGCAAGCCCCUACGUAGGAGGAGGGAGGUAAGUAUGCAGAACUGCGGUCACUGCUCCUUCUGAUUGGCUGUCCAGCGCAGCUGCUUCCUCGGAACAAAAGGUCAAAGAGGACUGCAGAGUGAUUAUAAGAGGAAUAGCCCUGCUGGAAGAACUGUGUGGACCUCGAGAAGCAGUAGGCUCGAUUUUUCAGGAACUCGCCGACUCCCUUGGCUACGAGUUUGCAGCAUACAGCCUGCGGCUGCCAAUCCCAACACAGUCCUUGGGGUGAAGACCCAUCUUAGAAGAAGUUGCCUGAAUUCAGAGACUACCAGAUCUGUUACAGAAGAAGCAGUUCCAUGAUCCCCUUGUAAACUUUGAUACUGCAAUGGCUUGUGAAAUCAUGCCUCUGCAAAGGUUAUUAGAAAGAACAAUUCGGUCAACUGUGGAACAGCAUCUUUUUGAUGUUCAGGACUCUGGGGGUCAAAGUUCGGAAGAUUCAGAAUGUGGGGGACCAUCAGCUUCUUCCACAGCAGCUGCCAGGCAGAAACGGUGGCAUAACAAGGAUCAGAAUGAAAUCAGACAUAACAGAGAAAGGGUACUUAUCAACAAAGAAAAUAUUCCUUCUGAGUUCAGCAGCCUCGAGGAUUGUAUUUUGACUGCACAGGAAGCAGAAAAAUACCAGGAAAACAACUGUGUAUAUAUCGAAGAAAACAGCAAACCUAAAAGACAGAAAUCCAGUACCAGACUUUCUGAGAUUAAUGACAACCAAGAUAAUCAUGUGACUAUGGAAAGCCUUAAUUCUACAAGAUCUCAAGAAAGAAUUGGAUGUGAUGAUAUCCUGGAACUGAUGUCUGAUGAAAGCAAAGAAAACAGCAGUGAUGGGAAGUACCCACAGCAUUCUCAGAUCUUCACCAUGAAGAUUCAGGACCAUCCAAGCCUCCCCGACACAAAACUCCAGAGAAACCAAGACACGGAUGUCCAAGAAGAUAGCUUUGUCACCGAAAUGCCUCAGUUGGACUUGACCACUCUGUGUAACGAGAACAGCUGGGAAGAGCCCAUUCCUACUCUCUCCUCAUGGCAGUGUGACAGCAUUGCUUCAGAUGAAGCCCGCCUUUCCCCACAGGCAGGGCGCCUGAUUCGCCAGCUUCUAGAUGAAGACAGUGAUCCCAUGCUGUCCCCUCGAUUCUAUGCUUAUGGGCAGAGCCAGCAGUACCUGGAUGACACGGAGGUGCCUCCUUCCCCCCCCAAUUCACAUUCUUUCAUGAGGAGAAGGAGCUCUUCUUUGGGGUCUUAUGAUGAGGACCAGGAAGACCUGACACCUGCACAGUUAACUCGGAGGAUUCAAAGUCUGAAGAAAAAGAUCAGAAGGUUUGAAGACAGGUUUGAAGAAGAAAGGAAAUAUAGACCUUCCCAUAGUGACAAAGCAGCCAAUCCAGAGGUUUUGAAAUGGACAAAUGACCUUGCAAAAUUCAGGAAGCAACUGAAAGAGUCAAAGCUAAAGAUAUCUGAAGAAGAACUAGUUCCCCAGAUGCGUCAACGAAGCAACACGCUCCCCAAGAGUUUUGGCUCUCAGUUGGAAAAGGAUGAUAAGAAGCGAGAGAUGGCGGAUAAAGCAAUAAAGCCUACUAUAGAAGCUACCCUGGAAUCUAUUCAGAAGAAGCUACAAGAGAAGCGGGCAGAGACCAACCAUCCUGAGGACAUCAAGGACAUGACUAGAGACCAAAUUGCUAUUGAAAAAGUGGCUCUGCAGAAAUCUUUGCUGUAUUAUGAGAGUAUCCAUGGAAGACCGGUAACAAAGCAUGAGCGUCAGGUUAUGAAGCCAUUAUAUGACAGAUAUCGGCUGGUCAAACAGAUCCUGUCACGGGCCAACACCAUUCCCAGCAUUGGUUCCCCUUCCAACAAAAGGAGAAGUCCUUUGCUACAACCAAUUAUCGAGGGUGAAACAGCUUCCUUCUUCAAGGAUAUAAAGGAGGAAGAGGACGGUUCAGAAGAUGACGGCAGCGCAAAGCCAGACUUCACAAUCCCUGUAGAAACUGACUUCUGCUUUCUGGACCAACUUGAAGAUAAUGCCGAGCAUUUUCUUUCCCCUUUGGAUGAUAAGUUACCUCCAAAAGGCAGUCAGGAUAUGGGACUCUCCAACCUUCAUGCUGCAUCGAUACAUGAGCUCUUAGAACAACUUCAAGAAAUGAAAGAAGAGAAGAAAAGAAUUCGAAAAAAACUUCGUGAUUUUGAGGAUAAUUUUUUCAGACAAAACUCAAGAAAUGUCCAGAAGGAAGACCGCACUCCAAUGGCUGAAGAAUAUAUUGAAUACAAACAUGUGAAGGCAAAAAUAAGGCUCUUGGAAGUGCUCAUUAGCAAGAGAGACAUUGAUUUAAAGAUCAUGUAAAAAAAUAUAUAUCCCUUCAGAAAAGACUCAGUUGGAUUGAGUUAUUGAAGGAUUCUUCACAAGGCAGUCAGCAGUUCUUUCUGAAACUAAGAAAUCCGGUGGCGUGGAGUACAAAGGACAGCUCUGGUCAUACAGGCUAUUUAGUCUGUGCUCCAGUCAUUCACUUACGUAUUGUCUACUGAGAAAGAAACUUUUGUUUAGGAAUGUUGUUGUAUCCAAGUCAACAUUUAUGCACAUACACAUACAUUUCACUGUGGUGCAAACUUUGCUAAUAUUAGCUAUUCCAUCAUUAAGUUUAGAUACACUAAUCCUACACAUGACCCACAGUUGUUCAAUGUUCUGAGAAACACAAAGAACUGUUCCAUUUCACAAUGAUAAAAAUGAGCUCAGGACUUUGAUUCACUUGCAGUCCGCAUGCUGUGGAGUUUUGUGUUCUCUUUGGACCCAGUCCAGCUAAGUGUUUCUGUGAAAUAGCCCGUUAUGCUGCCUUGGCUUUCAUUGUGACAUUUUAAAUAGCACUAUGCCAUCCGCCAUCUUUGUGCAUGGCUCGACUUUUACUUCAGCUCAGGUAGACGGCAGCUCAGACCAGAGUGACAAAUACUCUCUUAAUUGGUAUUUUUCUUUCAUAUUUCUUCAACUGAGCAAUAGAUUUCAUACCUUGGCUAUGACUGGGCAGCAUCCAGCAGCCCAGAGAGGAUAAUGGGAAGACAGCAGAGUCAGCGACAGUAGUUGUACUGGCUUCAGGUAACUGGAGUGUUACCUGAAAAGUGAUUUCUCUUUCUGUGAUAGGUUAAAAAAAACUAAAAGUCCUCAUUUAACAUUGACUCAGGCCACCCACAUGACUAUAGCAGCUACAGUUUAUGUCUGCUAUUUUCUUUUUAUUAAAAAGUAAGAUAUACAGACAUGCUGGAUUCUUAUUUUCAGUGACUGGGUAUGGGACGAGAGAUAGGCCUCUGUUCCUGUUUUCCUGAGUUAAAGGCAAACAUGGGCUUAUAAUAGGAAGCCAGAAACUGAAGAAUAAAUUAUUUCUUCAAAGGUGAUCUCCAAGGCAGAAUAUUAUUCACAUCAUUUUCAGUGAAAAUAUGUAGGUAGAAGAAAGUCUAUCGCUGAUGGGUUUUCAUUAUCUGGUUAUUAUCUUUAUUGGAGAAUGUUCGAUGAAGCCAUCUCCAUUGGCCGGCUUGUUAGGACCAGGCAAUUAGAAGACUUCAAAUCAUCCAUUUCAAAAGUUGAAAUUUUAAGUGUGACAAUUCACCCUGUGAUUCAUCAACUUUUCUCAUUAUCCUCCAUAUCAACAAAGAUCACGUUGCGGUUCAUACUCCUCCCAAAUCUAGGAAGUGUCCUUUGGAGGAACUGGAAUAGGUUUCUGAUGCAUGAACUGGUUUUUUCUUCUGAAGAGGGCAUUUAGUGGAUGAACAUGCCUGUCUCUUUUACAGGGCUGGCCUUUGAAUUGACACAACAGUUCUUAAAGCUAAUCGAUCCAAAGUGUGAGGGGUGGAUUUCUGAUGUUAACUUUGCCAAAAUACUUUCAAUCAAUGGCCUCUAACCUCAAAGUGGCUUUUGUCCAUUUCUGUCAGUUAGUUGAAGAAUUACUAAAAGAUGGAGAGGAGUGUUAAGGGAGGGAAGGAUCCCUUUUUUUUUUAAUGAAUGUAAGCGUGAGCUCUGUGCUAAUAAUUUCCUCAUUUUAAUUCCCUAUACAAUGACAGUGCAUAGCCAAAAGGUUAAUUGUGAAUUUCUGAAUUAAAAAGUGAGACUAGACAUAGAUAAUGAUUCUGGAUGCUUUGAUUCACUGUUUAUAUGACAGAUUAUUAUAAUUCCAAAGACUUAGAGCUUAAGAGAUAUAAUGUAUUUUAAUGAUAGCUUCUAUUUUUGAAAUUGAAUGUGAUUAAUAAUGAAUUCUACAUAAUCAAAAUUGUAUUUUUAAAGAAAAAAAUUUUGCCUGUCUAAAAAAAAAACCUUAAAUAUGAGGGAAUAUUGAUUGGCGUAUAUUACUGUUUAACUUAUUAUACCAGAGAAUAUCUUUAAGAAAACCUAUAGAAAAAAAAACCCUUAUGUAACUAAAUUAUAAAACUCCAAACACCAAAUGGUGAGAAAACUGAUGUUACUGACGUAUCUAAAUGAACAACAUUUCAAAUUAACAAAUUUUAAUUUGGUUGUUAAGUAGGCCAAAAAAUUAGUAAAAUAAAUCCUCAUUUUUAGUUAUGAUUUCCACUUCAAUUUGUAGUCAUUCAAAUACUUAAGCUUAUAAAGCCCAACUUUUAAAAAUUGUUUUUAAAAUAGCUCAAAACUUAUUUGUAGACAUGUUACAUGCUGUGCUGGUAUGUAAAUAAAAUAGUUACGAGACAAACUUGUUUCUGUUGCAACACAGUUUGCAAAGAGUUAUAUCAUGAUACAAGAGUUAUUUUAUUUGACUUUGCAUGGACAAGAGCAAUGUUGGGUGAGUUAUUUUUUCUUUUGCUCUUUUGGAAAUGUGCAUGUUUAUUACCAAAUACCAACAUAAUAAAAAUAUUCAAGAUGAAUAAUAAUUAAAAGAAAAACAAAAUAAAAAUAAUGAUUAAUUAUGAGAAUUCAAGAUGGCAGAGGCUUAUAUUUUUCACAAGAAGCAGAUAUAUGCAAGAUUUUAGUAAAGGGUGUUUCAAAAUACAGACAGAAGAAGAGUGUUUUCUUAUUUAUGUAAGGAGAAAGCCUGCCAUCUUUAUGCACAUUUGUUAGCUUCAAGUUCAAAGAACGUUUGCACAGAAGAACACUAACUCGGGCCAAACUUGAAAAACAAAAUUAAAAGAUCUGUUUGUUUGCCUUUGAAAUAUCGUGUCAUGAACAGAUUGGGUAAGACUGUGUCUUACUUCUGGGUGAUUGCUUUAAUUGACAAGGGAAAAGGGCCAUCGCAGUUACUCACAGGUUAGACGUGGCCUGAUCUGUAAUCUCCAUUUAAAGAAUGGAAGUGUAGCUGUGUGACCCUGGGCAAGUCACUUAACCCCAAUUGCCUAAAAAAAAAAAAUAGAAGUGGUUGAUGGGAUUCUUUGGAAAAC